GGAGCUUCCUGUGCCUCCCCUGAGAGUCCUGGAGGCACGGAUCUGCGCUAGAUGCCACAGUAACGGCGACAUUGCUGUACUGCAGCAUGCCUUCCCUCAUCUGCCUCUAUCUGUGCUCAAAGUCUCUCUUAGGACUUGGAGAACAAUCAACCAUGACGACCGAAUCAGGAUCAGACUCAGAAUCCAAGCCAGACCAGGAGGCUGAGCCCCAGGAAGCAGCGGGGCCUCAGGGGAACGCAGGGGCACAGCCUGGACCAGAGCCUGCCAGCGGGAGCAUCGAGGAGCAGCCAGUGCUCGAGCAGUUCCCUGCAGCUGCUGCACACAGCACCCCUGUGAAGAAGGAGGUCAGCGACAAGGACCGGGACUUCGCUGCCGCCGCAGCUGCGAAACAACUCGAGUAUCCGCAGUUUGAAGAGGAUAAACUCUCUCAGAGGUCAUCCAGCAGCAAACUCUCACGGUCCCCAUUAAAGAUUGUGAAAAGGCCUAAAAGCAUGCAGUGCAAAGUGACGCUCCUGGACGGGUCGGACUACAUCUGCGACGUGGAUAAACGCUCCCGAGGACAAGUGCUGUUUGACAAAGUGUGCGAGCAUCUGAACUUGCUAGAGAAAGAUUACUUUGGUCUCACAUACCGGGACGCUGAGAAUCAGAAGAACUGGUUGGACCCUGCUAAGGAAAUUAAAAAACAGAUACGAAGUGGCGCUUGGCAUUUCUCAUUUAAUGUGAAAUUUUACCCACCAGACCCUGCCCAGCUAUCAGAAGAUAUCACCAGGUACUACCUCUGCUUGCAGCUGCGAGAUGACAUCGUGUCGGGAAGGCUGCCCUGCUCCUUCGUGACCCUUGCCCUGCUGGGCUCCUACACGGUGCAGUCCGAGCUGGGAGACUACGAUCCAGAGGAGUGUGGGAGCGACUACAUCAGCGAGUUCCGCUUCGCUCCAAACCACACGAAGGAGCUGGAGGAUAAAGUGGUGGAGCUGCACAAGAGCCACAGAGGAAUGACGCCAGCUGAAGCAGAGAUGCAUUUCUUGGAAAAUGCCAAAAAGCUGUCCAUGUACGGGGUAGAUUUACACCAUGCCAAGGAUUCAGAAGGAGUAGAAAUUAUGUUAGGAGUCUGUGCCAGUGGCCUAUUGAUAUAUCGCGACCGGCUUCGAAUAAACAGAUUUGCUUGGCCCAAGGUCCUUAAAAUUUCUUAUAAGCGGAACAACUUUUACAUUAAAAUCCGGCCAGGAGAGUUUGAACAAUUUGAAAGCACCAUUGGGUUCAAGUUGCCGAACCACCGAGCUGCCAAGCGUCUUUGGAAAGUGUGUGUGGAACACCAUACAUUUUUCAGACUCCUGCUGCCAGAAGCACCUCCAAAGAAAUUCCUGACCUUGGGCUCCAAGUUCCGCUACAGUGGCAGAACUCAGGCGCAGACGAGAAGAGCCAGUGCACUGAUAGACCGCCCAGCACCUUACUUUGAACGUUCAUCCAGCAAACGAUACACCAUGUCUCGCAGCCUGGAUGGAGCAUCAGUGAAUGAAAACCAUGAGAUGUACAUGAAGGAUUCUAUGUCUGCUGCAGAGGUUGGCACAGGCCAGUACGCCACAACAAAGGGCAUCUCUCAGACCAACCUGAUCACCACUGUGACUCCAGAGAAAAAGGCUGAGGAGGAGCCUGUGGAGGACGAGGACCGAAGGAAGAGGGCUGAGGAAACCACGCCCGUUGCAGCCCUCCGGCACGAGGGAAAGUCACCCGGGCAUGGCACCGACUCAUGUCCCUUGUCACCCCCACCAGCCCAUCCUGACCCCGCAUCUCCCACAGAGCUUCGCAGGCGGCGUAAGGAGAAGGAAAGCACCGGUUCCAGUUCCGCGCUGCCCCAGGCUGAGCCAGCCUCGGAGUCCAACGGCCAGGGCAAGGCUUGUGGAGGGGACCAGGACAUGGCAUUUAGUUAUAGGCAGCAGACCGGCAAAGGAGCCACACUGUUUUCCUUCUCCUUACAGCUCCCUGAGUCAUUCCCCUCACUCCUAGACGACGACGGGUACCUCUCGUUCCCCAACCUGUCUGAAACCAACCUGCUGCCCCAGAGCUGGCAGCACUUCCUGCCCAUCCGCUCGCCCUCCCUCCUACCGUGUUUCCUCUUCAUCUUCUUCUUCCUGCUGUCUGCUUCCUUCUCAGUGCCAUACGCCCUCACUCUCUCCUUCCCUCUGGCUCUGUGCCUCUGCUACCUGGAGCCCAAGGCGGCCUCCUUGAGCGCCUCCCUAGACAAUGACCCGAGUGACAGUUCAGAAGAAGAGACUGACAGUGAACGGACAGACACCGCGGCUGAUGGGGAAACCAGUGCCACCGAGUCGGACCAGGAGGAGGAUGCAGAGCUCAAGGCACAGGAGCUAGAUAAAACUCAAGAUGAACUGAUGAAACACCAAACCAACAUUAGCGAGCUGAAAAGAACCUUCUUGGAAACCUCUACAGAGACUGCCUUGACAAACGAGUGGGAAAAGAGGCUCUCCACGUCCCCCGUGCGACUGGCCGCCAGGCAGGAGGACGCUCCCAUGAUUGAGCCACUUGUACCCGAAGAGACUAAGCAGUCUUCUGGGGAGAAGCUCACGGAUGGCUCGGAGAUCCUCAGUCUGUUAGAGUCUGCGCGAAAACCCACAGAGUUCAUAGGAGGGGUCUCGUCGUCUACCCAGAGCUGGGUGCAGAAACAGGAAACGAAGACAGAGUCCAUUGAACCAGGGGUGGACUCAACGUCACACACCAAGCCCCUCAUCUCGGAGAAGGUGCUGCAGGAAACAGUGAUGACAGAGCAGAGGAGGGGGAUGAACGCGCACGCCAGCGGAGAUGCUCCCCACACAGCCGGGGAUGAAAGGGCAGCAGCCUCACAGUCCACGCCCGCAGAUCCUCACGGUGUGGAAGGAAAAGAGGGCUCAGCUAAGGAAGAAAGGGGAGAGGACAGGGACAAGUCUGUCCCUGAUCAGGAGCACCCAGCCAGUGUCUCGCAUGAGGAAGAGCAGGUGUCAGCCAUGCACCCUUCCGAGACUUUGGAACAAAAAUCUCAUUUUGAGUCGUCCACUGUGAAGAUGCAAAGCGUGAGUGUGGGCAGUGUUUCUCCAGGAGGAGUAAAGCUAGAAAUCUCUACCAAGGAAGUGCCAGUAGUUCACACAGAAACCAAAACCAUCACAUACGAGUCAUCACAGGUCGAUCCCGGGGCAGACCUGGAGCCAGGCGUGCUGAUGAGCGCACAGACCAUCACAUCUGAAACCACUAGUACCACCACCACCACGCACAUCACCAAGACUGUGAAAGGAGGCAUUUCAGAGACGAGGAUUGAGAAGCGGAUAGUCAUCACGGGAGACGCGGACAUCGAUCACGACCAGGCGCUGGCUCAGGCAAUUAAAGAGGCCAAAGACCAGCACCCUGACAUGUCCGUGACCAAAGUAGUGGUCCAUAAAGAGACAGAAAUCACACCGGAAGACGGAGAGGAUUGACCUGAGGAAUAACUUAGCUUGCACAUGAAACCCAGUCAUGUAAAGCGUUAGGAAAACCGGAGCCUAUGUGGAGCUCCUUCUUCUAACCCAACUGACUUACAUCUAUCCGUGGAAAAUUCCAAUCCAGAAGAGCUGACCUUGACCAUCAAUGAAAGACACUGGCAGAGAGACCCUCCCGUAAUAGAGCAAUCUGAAUCAGCAUCACUAAAUUGAUACUGCAUGAAGCAAUGACUAAAAAAAAUCACAAAAGAGCCGCACUUUUAAUUUUCACCAAAAUAUGUUUCAAUUCUACCUGCACGCUCCUAGCCAACAGUGUGAACCGUGAUCUCAUGUGACACAUCAACAGCCCAUGCCUUUCAUAGUUUAUUAUUAAAGUCUCAACAGAAUCGCAGUCUCAUAGGUGACAAGUCCUCUGUUUACAAAUAAAUGUUAACUACCCUAAAAUGCUACCAGCCGUCUAGGUCCGCUGUGUCAGGUUAGGUGAGCCAACGCUGACUUUAUUUAGUAAACAACUUGAAUCUUCUCCUUGCCUAAUCUGGUUUUCGUAUUCUCCCAGUAAUGACUCUCUGACCCUCUAGAAAUACUUAUUGCUUACCAUCUUGCUUUGUCUCUAAUUCGUUAUAAGGUAGCACUGAUUUUAGCACAUUGAUAUAAUGCUUCCUGGUCACCUUGUCUGGUCUGCGUUCAAUCCAGAAAGAUUCCCGGAAUUACCUAGGCAAACCCUCAAUAUGUAAAUCAUCACUGUUUGGGAAGAAAAUCUGUAUUUUUGUUAGUUUACAAUAUGAAAAUUCACUCCAGGGAGACCGGCCAGGCUUCUUUUCCUUUGUGUUUUUUCCUUUUUCCUUUUUUUUUUUUUUCAUUGCUUUUUUUUCUUCUUCUUUUACUUGAACAAAAAGGUGUUUUAUUUACAAAUCUGGUCCAUAUUUACAAUCUAGUUCAGAGCCAAGCCUUAAAUUGUACAGAAUUUUCACUGUAAUUAAGAUACUCGGUGUUUAGUUAUAAAUAGCCUCCAGAAAGAUAUAUUCUCCCUUACACUGUCGACUGCAUCACACCCCGUCAUGAAUGAUGUUACCGCAUUGCGAAAUAAAAGUGGCAAAUGCAUUGAAAGCUCUACUCU